UAAAAUCCUCUCUUCACCUCCGGCACAAAGCCUCGUCGGUUGCUUGCUAUUGGAUUAUCUCAUUCAUUUCAUUGCUCUCUGUACUGCGAAUUUCUCUCAUUUGCUUUCCUCUUCUUUUUCCUUCAGCCAUGGAUUCUACCUUUAACUGCAUCAUGUUCGAUUUGGAUGACACUUUGUACUCUUCGAAAGUUGGAAUAGCUGAAGCUGUCAAGAGAAACAUUGAAGACUUUCUCGUUGAGAAAUGCGGGUUUCCAGAAAGUAAAGCUUCGACUCUCAGAGUUGAACUUUUUAAAACUUACGGCAGCACUCUCGCCGGCUUGCGAGUUUUAGGCUACGAUAUUGAUGCUGAUGAUUAUCACAGUUUCGUGCACGGAAAAUUGCCAUAUGAUUUGAUUAAGCCCGAUAUUCAACUACGCAACAUCUUACGUAGCAUCCACCGAAGAAAGAUUAUUUUCACAAACUCUGACAGGAACCACGCAAUCAAAUGCCUGAAAAGGUUAGGAAUAGAAGACUGUUUCGAUCAAAUAAUCUGUUUCGAGACGAUGAAUCCAAAUCUCUCCAAAGCAACUCGUCCUGAUGAAUUUCCUGUAGUUUUGAAGCCAUCAAUGGACGCCAUGAAAAUUGCUUUAGAUGUUGCUCGACUUGAUCCUCGCCGUACACUGUUUCUCGACGACAAUGUGAAGAAUGUAGCUGCUGGCAAAGCUUUGGGGCUAUGCACCGUUUUGGUGGGGAAGAAAAUAAAGAUCAAAGAAUCAGACUAUGUCUUAGAGAAUAUCAACAAUUUACCUCAAGUAAUUCCAGAAAUAUGGGUCAGUCAAUCGGACGGUGGUGAUCGAAGCAUCAGCCGUACCAGGAGUGAGUUGGAAACGAUCCUCAACACAACAACUGUCGGUGCCUGAUGAUGGGUUGGUUUUAAAAAGGCCCCACUGUGUACGUAUCAUGUGCAUUUGUAUUAAUAUGUAUGUGUGCAUAUCUAUGUUAAUAAAGCACAGUGCUGCUAUUUAACUAA